UUCACAAGUGUCAAUUUUCAUGUCAUUUUUUGUCUAAGUCUAAACUGCCGGAAACCAAUAAAAACAAUUUGCAAUUUUUACAUAGUCAUGAUAAUUGUGUUAUAAAAAGUUAAAAAUGACUCUUUUUGGUGAAAUUAUCGAACCAAGCAGCCGAGCUUUAUGUGAUUUCGAAGAGGAUUUAGAUGUUGUACCAACAAUUGAUUUAAAAUGGGAAGGCUUAAAUGAACCACCAAAUACGAUAUCGCUUCUACUAUGCGCUGAAGGCAAAUCUUCAUUAGAUUUGUUUCGAAAAUCAGUAUUAAAUAAUGCCAGAAAAGUUUGUACAUGUCAAGAGAUUGGUGUGGAAAUUUAUCAAAUCUCUUUGAAUAACGAACAAGAAAGUUUGAACAAAUAUGUUUGUUUGUUUGGAAAUUCGAAUCGUUAUAAUGAUGCUGAGGUAAUAGAAUCAAUAAGACCGUGGAUUGAAAAUUCAAAACAAGUAGUUUGCUUUUUAACCCAAAAAAUGGUUGAAUAUUUAACACGAUUGAGUCAAGAAAAACCAGCAAUUUUGUUGCGAAUGUUACAAGUAUCAAAUUCCAAUGAAUUAAUGGACAAAUUGCCAGUCCCUAUAUUAGAACAGCCAAAUAUUAUUACAGGAAAAUUAGCAGCUGUAAUUUCUUAUCGACUUCAUAUUGACAAACCAGGUACCAUAUUUAUAUGCUAUCUGGAUCAAAUAGAAUUGGACAGUACAACGGCAGAACCAUUAUUGAGUUUAUUGAAUAAACUUAAUAUAAAAACGGUACCAUACACAGCUGGAGUACCAAAAAAUGAGUCUAAUCUUUAUCUGUAAUAAUAUUCAUUUUUUUUUUUUUAAAUAAAUAAAUUGGUUUGUACUUA